GCUUUUAUGAGAGCUUUCCUUGUCACAUACGAAACAGUAUACGAUUUGAGGAAAAGUUUAAAACCCCACAGAUCGCAACUUCAUCAUCAAUCAAAAACCCUUUUCUUCUCCUCUCUCCCGUUACCGUUACAAUCACCGUUAACGGUGUCUUCUCCACCCAAAGCUCAACAAGCUGGACAUGCUCGACUCCGUUCUGCUGGCGCUGUUCUUGCCAUGCCUUGGCAUGACCGCCGUUUUCAUCGUUUACAUGUGUCUUCUAUGGUACGCCACCACUCACCACACCGAUCCCCCGCUACCGGCGAAGCCCGUCUCCGACGGCGGCCUCUCGCCGUCGCAGCUCCAGAAGCUUCCCUCGAUCACCGGGAAAGACCUUCUCACGGGCUCCGAAUGCGCCGUCUGUCUCGACGACAUCGCCAGCGACCAACCCGCUCGACUGGUUCCCGGUUGCAACCACGCCUUCCACGUGGAAUGCGCUGACACCUGGCUCUCCAAGCACCCUCUCUGCCCUCUCUGCAGAGCCAAACUCGACCCCACCGCGCUUUUCUCUUCCGAAGAAAAUCCUUGCUGAGAGACAGAGCGAGUCUAAGCCUAAGCCUAAGCCUAAAUCAUGGUGUUUUUGUUUCCUUAAUUAGAUUCAAACUCUUCGCCACUGUACAGUUUCUCAUCUCUCAUCUCGCAUUGUUGGAUGGUAGAUCCUUUUGGCUUUGUUUCUGAACACGCGAGUAGUGUGUUCCAUGCAGCACCGGAGUGAGCCUUUCUUUCUUCUUCUUCUUCUUCUCUCUCUUUAAUUAUUACCAGUAAUUUGGGGAUGGGUGAAAUGUGUUUGUUUGCUUCUUCUCAGAAGCAUUCUCUGGAACCUUUUUUCGUAGAAGAAAAGAUGAAUUUUCAAUUUUUUAUUGA